AUGAGUUAUAAGAGCAACUCUGCCUUCUUCAAGAAGAACACAAUCGCCCUUGCCGUCGGUGGAGGAUGUAUCGUCGUCGCCUUCUUCUUUUGCUUCUUUGGUAUCAUCUGCUCCCGCCGACGCAAGAGACUGCAGAAGCAGAAAGAAUACAAGCAAGAGGACUCUUACCAAAUGGCCGAGACGAACGACCGCGACUUGUAUCGAAAGAGCAAUUACCGUAUCGGCCUUGAUCCCAACGAGAAUGGAAUGGUCGAUGUCUUGACGCCCUAUGACGGUAGCUAUGGCAGCGGUAACUUGACAAGACGCCCCUCGGCUACAGCGCUGGCGCGAGCAGGCGGUCGCUCAACUGGACCCUAUGCACCUGACGCGUUGAUGACCGAGCGGGAGAUGGCGCUUGAUCUGGAGUCCGAUUCGAACCAUCGAAUGGGUGGUCCCCCGCUUUCCAACUGGCCUGCGCCGCCAAGCUCACGCGAACGUACUGGGUACUUUGACAUUCCUCCGACAGGAGGUGGCAUGGGCAAAGGGACUUUACAUAAGUCACCGUCAGUCGGCAGCCACAUUGUCUACGUCCCACCACCACUUCCUCCUCCAGCCAUCACAACACCUACAACAUCCAAGGUCCUUGGAGUGGUUUCGCCCUAUGCUGACGAGGCUAUGAUCGUCUUUCCACCAGAUAGUCCACCCCGAUCCGUCAACAGUGGUGCAAAGCCUCCUUCUCAACAAGCGCCUCUUAUCCGCAUUGGCGAACCAGCCUCUUCCUUCUCUUCCUCUCGAAGUCCUACCUUAACCAUGAAUGACGACGAGCUCUCGUUCCUGGAUCUAGACAAUGCAUUGACGGUCGACAGAUACAACAAGACAGCUCCAGCCAAAGACCGAACCUCUGUCAACUCGUUCUUCUCCGGCCUGGCGCUCGACGAUCCAUCCCCCGAAAGCUUCUCCCUCCCUCCGAUCUUACCAGAGCCGUCGUUCGCAUCUGAAGAGUAUGUCAUGCCAGCGCCUAUUGCUCGCGUGAUCCCAGUCCCCAUCCCACGCGGGACCACGCCCCCAUCUCCCGUACCAGCAGUAGCGAUCCCUCCAUUGCCGUCGGCCAAAGCCCCAAAGUCCAAAAACAGCAAUGCUCAGCAACAGUCGGCGUAUGAGCGGCAGCAGGAAGAAAUCCAAGUUGCCUCAUGCUUUGCGCAGGACCUAGGAUUCGAGAUUGUCCAUCCCUCGCCGAUCGGUUCUCCUCGUCACAAAGCAGCUACUCCCACGGGAUCACGUCGCCUUUAA